AAUAAUAAUAAUAACAAUGCAAUCACUUUCGAGACUAAAGACAUUGCUGUCAAUCACAAGAUUAUCACCAUUUGGUCGACAAUGUAGUCGCCGAUCGCUGACAACUAUACCAUCGCAAAGACAUUUGAGACAACAAACAGUUCAACAAAUAAAUGAUGUCUUGACUGCUAAUCAAGACAUUAUCAGUGAUACAAACGAUGAAAAGCCGAUAACUGAAGACACUAUCCGUCGACUGAAAGAAAUGCAUCCGUUAGUGAAGACAUUGAAUAUAAAUCAAUGGAUUAAAGACAUCGAAGAUCAAGUUAUAGAUCUGAACGAUGGGUCGUUUGACACUCUGUUAGACUCACUAAUAGACACCAAUUAUUUUACUGAUAAUUCAUUGCAAGACUUUUUUAACAUCAAAGUCAAGGCAAUUGACGGACAUUUGUUGUCAUCAGUUCAGCCUUUAAGAGACGAACGAUGUUAUCAAUUGUGCGAAAAGAGUGAAUACUUUCUAAAAGUUAUAAUGAAAAAUAAGAGUAAAUUUGAGAAGAAAUUAAUUAAAGAUUCUUCAGUCGAUGAGAAAUCGGUGGACGUCUUAAUGACAAUGUUUUUGGCCGGCAUUUUGAUGCACGAGUUGCACGACUUUGAUAUAAAAACGGGGUUUUUAUGGUACAGUCUCUACGGCGGCAAAAAUGUCGGAACAAAACCCGAUUCAACACUAUAUUUGAAUGACACGAUCGCUCUGUCGGCUGAAGCAAAGCCAUACAUUUCUGCAAAACAAUUACCACAUUUGAGAGCCCAAGUCGUCGGCCAAAUGGUGUCCACAGCCGCACACAAUCUGUCGAUACAUAAGCACUGUUCGCAAACACAAUCAUUCGGUUUGUUAGUCCAUUCAAAUGAAUAUUAUUUCUAUUCAACGACAAUAAGCGCCCGAUAUUUAGAUAAUUUGUCGACAAAAUUGUUGACUACUAAUCAUACAACCAUUGAUCAGUCGACGGAUGAUUCGCUUUGUAUUCAUCAAUGGUUUUCGGGUAAAGGACUUAAUUUUUGUCGAGAAAGUCAUCGCAAACUUAUCGCACAAUUAAUUAUUUCAAUCGCUAAUCACUGGAAAAAAUGAUAAAAUUGUUUUUAAUGUGUAAAUUGUCUCAAAAGUAUUACCAUUUUAACUAACAUUUUGUAUAUUUGUCUAAAAAAUA